AUGCUGGCCAACACGAAUUACACCAGCCUCUUGCAACACAUUGCUUCCCAUGGCUACAUCGUUGUUGCUCCUAAGUUCUAUGGCCUUAUAUGGAUCUCAAUUCCUGAGGAAGUCAAAAGAGCUGCCCAGGUUACAGACUGGCUACCCACGGGCCUCCCCAGCGUCCUACCUGAAAAGGUCAAUGCAGACAUGGAGCAACUAGCUCUCUCGGGCCACAGCAGGGGUGGGAAGACUGCGUUCGCCCUAGCUCUCGGAAAAAUCAACCGAAAACUAAACACGGCGAAGCCAAGUUUCAGAGCCUUAAUUGGCUCUUCUCCCUCAUCCCUGCCCGACCCCAAAAUCCUUGAAUUUAUCCCUCGUAUCUUUGACAUAUCGGUCCCCAUCUCUAUAAUUGGGACCGGAUACGGCAAUCAGUCACUGGGGCUAUUCCCGCCAGGCGCCCCAGACGGUGUCAACCACUCGGAAUUCUUCAACGAGAGCAAGCCGCCUGCAUGUUAUUUUCUCGCCAGGGACUACGGCCAUUGUGACAUGCUCAACGACAGGGUAGACAGGACGGCUGCAAUGAUAAGAAGCAUGUUGAAAAGCGGGAAAGGCUCCAAGGACCUUAUGAGGAAAAGUGUCGGCGGGAUUGUGGUUGCGUUCCUCAAAUCCUAUAUGGGAGGUGGUGGUGGUGGUGGGGAGGAUCUGGAUGCCGUGGUGGCUGAUCCUAGUAUUGCGCCGAUAUCUCUCGACCCGGUUAUUCAUGUCAAGGAGUGA